UGUAUGUGCCCUUGAACCCCUACCAUAGCCUAGGUCAACCCAGAAGACACAGAGUCCCCUCCUCCUCCCUCUCCCCAUUCCAAGCUUUACCUAAAUGUGGAGGGGCUGCUCCCCAAUUCCCCUUGCCCUGGUUCAGCACAGAUUCCUUUCCUGGCCCAACACCCAGAAGCCACUUCCUUGGGCAGCGUUUGUACUUCAAAUCUUGAAGUAUAACAGCAGGAAACAUCUGGGUUAACUGUCCAUCUUACCUGUAGGAAAGAUGAGGUUUCUCAAGGCUGUAAGGCUUACCCAAAGCCUCACAGCUCCGCCUAAGUAACUCAGCACCUGUUCCCAAUCAGUUCCAAGCCUUGAAUUCUGCCUCUGAAUUACUACUUCUGGAUUCCAUGCCCCACAUCCAGGCCCCUACCCACCUGGUCCCCACAUCAGCCCACGACUCCUUCCUACUAAAAUCCUCCCAUGGCCCCCCAGCGCCCAUAGGAUCAUGACCAAUCAGCUUAGCCUAUAAGACCUUUUGACCUCACUUACCUGUCCAGCCACCUCUCUCUUCUAAGAGAAGCUGUGAUCUGAGGACCACAUCCUGCAUCCUGCAUAAGCUAAACAACUGUCACCUAGGUCUUUGCCUCAGGUUAUGCCUUCUGCGGAAUGCCUUCUCCCCUGACCGUACUUGAUGGAAAGUAUCUGAAGGCCCAGGGGCAGUGACAAGGAGAGGGGGAAGAGGUUGCUGCCUGGCUGCCCUCCCCGCCCCUACACACCCUGUGGAGAGCAGGUCUCACAACUGCCUCCUUUCCUGCCCCUAAUUAGCAGCUGCCCCCCACACAUUGUCCCACUCCAGCACCCCAGCCAAAGCCUCUUUUGUGCUCCCAGAUUCCUAGGUGCAAGGUGGCCUCAUUAGUGCCCGGAGACCGCCCCAUCUCCAGGGAGCAGGCAGACAGACAAGGAGGGGACCAGCGGCACAGUGAUCCAACUCCAGACUCUGAGUGCCUUGGCGGCCAUUCCUUGGGCUCAGCCUGGAGACGGCCCCCCUGCCGGAGUCUAAUCUUAGAUUUGCCUUUGUCUGGCCCCAGAGUAGACGCAAGUGCCCAUCUCUCCCCCACCACCUCAGAGCACUAUAAACCCCAGGCCCCUGGUAGCAGGUUGCUGUUCAUGGCCUCAAAGUUCCUGGCUAUUUGGACCACUGCCAACGAUACCUUUCCCGGCUACCCUACUCUGAGCUCCAGGUACCAUGAACCCUUCCUCUGCAAAGGUCUUCUGGGCCACCGUGACGCUGCUGCUCCUGCUGCUGUUGCUGCCGCCCGCUCUGUUGUCGCCAGGGGCGGCCGCGCAGCCCCUGCCUGACUGCUGCCGUCAGAAGACCUGCUCCUGCCGCCUCUACGAGCUGCUGCACGGCGCGGGCAAUCACGCGGCCGGCAUCCUCACGCUGGGCAAGAGGCGGCCGGGGGCCCCGGGACUCCAGGGCCGGCUGCAGCGCCUCCUGCAGGCCAGUGGCAACCACGCGGCCGGCAUCCUAACCAUGGGCCGCCGCGCAGGCGUAGAGCCAGCGCCGCACCCAUGCCCAGGGCGCCGUUGUCCCGGUGCGGUCGCCUCGUCUGUCGCUCCUGGGGGACCGUCUGGGGUCUGAGCCCUUGUUCGGGUCCUGUCCUGGCCCUACUCUGUCCCUGCCCUCUCCCCUCUGCCCUCCCGGUGUCAGCCCCCAGAAAAAGGGCAAUAAAGACGAGUCUC